UUGAGCGCAUAGGGCGACGCUGCUGCCUGCGGAGACGCUCCGGUCGCACGUAUUUUGAAGGGGAACCCUACGCGUUUCCGGUUUCGUGAACGGUUCGACUUGGCAGCGUGGAUCAACUGGAUAAUGACGCCGAGAAGGGGGAGCAAAGUAAACAGUGAUACUUUAAAGAUGUCCCGAUCAAUAGGAAUGGCUCGUAUCUUAAGCACCGACUCCGAUCAGCCGGAGAAAUGACUGACCUGUGGGCUUCCUUGGCGGUGUUGGGAGCUGUGGUGUUCCUCAGCGAGGCGACCCGCUGGGCGGCGCGUCAUUUCUCCGGAGUUUGGCGGAUUUACUUGUUGGAAGCGGCGUCUACCUUCCAGCUGUGCAGCUGCUGCCAUGAACAAAAACUGCUGGGAGAAACGGCCCGGUUGCCGGUCAGCCUGGCCCUCACCUACAUCAUGACGACCAUCCACCGCGCAACUUUUAGGGGGUCCGCUUGUAACCCCUGUGGGUCUUUGGAGAGAGUUUACCGCGGGGUCAGCACAGUCCAGACGGCCGUCGCCCUCAUAGCCUGCCAGUUCGCAGCUGCGGUCGCCGCGCAGUUCUUCUCAGCCUCCGUGUGGUCGCUGGGUCUGUCUGACAUCCACCUCCGGCACCAGAGGUUCGGGUUCAGCUGUUUCGACCCGCUCGGUGGGACUGUGCUGGAGGCCUGGGCCGUGGAGUUGGCCUGUGCGUUCGUAGUCCAAAGUGCAGCCAUGCACGUCCACAAAGUGGAUGAAAAACUCCGCGAUCACUACAUCGCUGCUGUAAUUACUGCUCUGGUUUACGCAGGUGGAAAUAUUUCAGGAGCCAUGUUUAACCCCGUGCUGGCCUUCUCCGUCCAGUUUCCUUGCAGCGGCCACACGUACCUGGAGUACUGUUUAGUAUACUGGCUCGGCCCAAUCCUAGGUGUGGCGAGCUGCAUUCUGCUGUUUGAGAAGAUCAUCCCUUUCCUCUCUGGACAGAGUACCAUUGGCCUGGAUGUCACUGCUGUCCAGAAACAAAAAGCACAGUAGCGGUGACACGGGUCAAGCCACCGAACUAUGCAAACACUUUUUAAGUAUUGUAUGCCAUGUUGACAAAUUAGCAUAACAUCACUGCACAAAGUGGGACAGAAGACAUAAAUUCAAAUCAAGUGACAUUCCUAGAAAGUACAUAAACAUGCUGAACGCUGUGUUUAGUCUUAAGGAAAAUAUAACUAAUGUGAUAAAUAAUGUCGAGUUAAAGAACUAUAAGUAUACUAGUGUAAUAUUUAUAUUGGAAUUUUGGUAAUUUUGAGUACACUGGCUACACAUUUACUGUAUGGUUGUCUUUUCGUAUGUGUAUAUAGCUUGAGUGCCAAAAAUCAGUGCUCUAAUAAUAAACCUU